UGCGUGUUAACUUUUUUUCAACAUGCGUUGUAUCAGCGAUUUACUUGAACGUAUUCGCAAGUCAAUUUUCAAUAAAUACAGCAGAUUAAAAGUCGUGUUGUAGCGGCUAGUACUGCUGCGUGCUACAGCAGCCCCAGACAUGUGUUAGCUUGCUAUACAGGCUAGUAGCAUGCUAACCACGAGCGGAACUUCGUUUAAAAAUUUGUCAAAAUUGUUUGGCAUAAAGAUUAUCAACACCGCACUCGCCUCUUUGACUACCACUUAAUGUCGCGUAAUUGUUAUGGUGUGAGGUUAAAUUCGGGCAGUUAGAAAGCUAAUAAACAACAAGUUUUUGAAUAAAAAAAUGUUUAUUGUUUAUACACUGUAUGUACAUACCCAAUUCAUAAUUUCGCUCUUAGACUGCGGUAAUGUCACGUUAAUGAAUUGCUUACAGAUGAUUAAGAAAUGAAUUUCAGCUGUCACACCGGCGACAAGUUUUUCAUUCCAGCUUCAAGAACAUGAUAAGGCAAAAUGUAGAGAUCUCACGUGUUUGCCAAAAAGCAGUACCAGUUUAAAUGUCCAGAUUUCUUUAACGUAGUUUGGUGUGAUACUGCGUCUAGGCGACCGAAAACAUGAAGGAGGACUUAAAAGCUAGCAUUAAGCCACCAUAAAGACCCCUUUUAGCAGUAUUACAUCAUCAUUCAAGAUGAUAACGCCUGCGUUUGACCUGAGCCAAGAGCCUGACCACCUGAUCCUCAGCAUCCGUGUGCCCUACACCAGAACGUCAGACUUUGACCUUUACAUUGAUGGAACAGAUUUAAAGUUUUUUGCAAAGCCCUACUUUCUGAGGCUAACUCUUCCUGGAAGAAUUAUAGAGGAUGGAAGGGAAAAGGCAAAGUUCGACAUAGAUAAAGGUCUUUUCACUCUUUGGGUCCCUAAGGAGACACCGGGAGAGCACUUCGAAGGUCUUCAGAUGCUAACAAGUCUCCUCGCCCCAAAGGGCUCCCGUUCAGCCAAACCAUUGGUGGAGGAAGUGAGUACUGAGUGCAGUGAAAGGGUGGGAGAUAAUGAAGACGAAGAUGAAGAAGACUUUGAUUGGCAAGUUGAGCAGGAGAUUUACACGGAGAAGUCUGAGGAAGAGCUGAGAGCCCUGCAGAAAUACGGCUUUGGCAAUCAGAGGUGUGGAGUAUUUGCCCGACUGCAGAAAGAGCUCAGUGACGUGAUCGACAUCAAGAACCCAGAAGGAACAUCAGCAGCAGAGAGGAGGCAGGCUCGGCUGGAGGCAGAAGCAUCAGCCUUCUCUACUGACCAUUACCUGGCUGAUUGGUUUGAGGAUGGUGAGAUAAAGGGGCUGCUGAAGUUUAGGCCAUGGUGGACAAAGCUGAGCCCUUCUUCAGAGCAAGAGGGCGAAUCUGCUGUACCGUUCACUGAUGAUGAGAAAGAGCAGCUGAGGAAAUUCACCAACCGCUCCUACCUGCUGGACAAGGCGUCUCGUUACCAAGCGUGGCUAAGCCUCGUGGACAUCCUGCUGGCUUACACCUACGAAGUGCGCUCGACGGAGGGGGAACACAAUACCGCCUUCCAUUUUGUUCAGAGCCUUAAGAGAUUACCAGCAGAUCCUAAAGCUCAGUCCAGGUCUCCCUGUGUCACUUCACUAAAGGUGGAAACACCGUGGACUAUCAGAAAACUCAGUGGGACUCUGUGCUGGCUGGAGACAUACAGCUCCCUGCAAGAGGUCCUGGUGUCAUUUGGACGGAGGGUUUUGUGCUACCCGCUCUACAGACACUUUUCGUUGGUCUCUCUUGCGAUUCAUGACACGGCUAAAAUUCUGCAUUCAGGGAAAGCCUGCGUCCUCAAAUGCCUGCUGGAUAUUCACAGAGUCUUCAGAGAGAACGAGCCGGCAUACAUAUUGAACGAUCUGUACAUCACAGACUACUGCAUCUGGAUCCAGAGAGUCAAGUCCAAGAAGGUGGCAGACUUGGCAGCAACGUUGGAAAAAGCAACCCUGCAAAAAACCGACUUGGAGCUGGAAAUCGACGAGUUAGAGGACGCUGCGAGGAUCGUGGCGGUCGAAGAGGAGCAGCAAGCUUCCAAGAGGGCUCCCGUAUCCAGCGAUGACAGCAGCAGCUCUUCUGACAGCAGCAGCACUUCCAGUGACAGCAGCAGCGAGUCGUCUAGUGAGAGCGAGGAAUCUGAGGCUGAAGAAGACUGCACCGAAUCCAAGGAGGGAGGAGGAGGAGAGAUGUUCAAGGACAACCCUCCAGAACCCCAACCCUCCGCCUCCGUCUCUCCCACCCCCCAGGCACCCACGAGCUUUUCAGCAGAAAAAAGGAGAGAGGAUGCCCUUCCCUCAGCCUCAGAAGGCUUCAGACAGCUGAUUCAGGUGCUGGGAGAACGGGUGACGGAGGAGCUGAGAAUCUCUCCAGACUCCAGCCACAAAGGAGCGAGACAGCCGAGCAGCGCUGCGACAGAGACUGAAGGCACGUCUGGGAGGAGCAGCGGCGGGACUUUGUUAGAGCCGAGUCCUUGUAGAAACCCUCUGCUCAUUGUCCAAACACAGCAAGAUCCCGAUGAUCUUGAAGGGGACUCUAUCAGCUGAUGGAAAGGAAUUUGAAAGUUCCAGGAUUUCAUUUUAAACUCCUUGUCAGAUGAUUUCAGGAAGUGUUUUUGCUUUUAAGGAUUUCUUUUCUGUUUUUGAAAUUACUGCGUGUUGUUUUUGUCGUGUAAUUUUAGGGUCUUAACCCUCUUAAAGGAAUAUUUUUGUACAGUGUUUGUUUUUUGUUAAUGAUAAAACUGCAAAGUCUCAAUUCUUCUUUAACGCUGCAAACGUGCAAAAUAAUCUUGUUUUAUUAGGAUAGUUGCAGGCAGCCGAACCUACUUUUUAUUUUGUUUGUUUUUUUGUUUUUGGCCUGUUAUCUGUCUACUAUCCAAGCGGCACACUUGCUAUACAAAUACAUUCGUGCUCUCUGAACAUAGUGUGUGAUUUUUAUAUGAAUAAUUUCUGCUUCUUUUUAAUUAUUCAUGGAAUUUAACAGCGUCUGCGAGCUCAAUUCAGUGCGCUGACAUCUGCUAACAGUGGUCUCUAUUAACCAUGUAUAUUUACAUAUUUACACAGUCAAUCUGCAUAUUCCUGUCGGGCUUGAAUAAACAAAACACUGCAGGAAACUGA